AUGGAUCACUUAGGGGCGCACCACCUCCACCAGAGCCACGCCGAGCCCAUCAGCUUUGGAAUCGACCAGAUCCUCAACAACCCGGACCAAGGCAGCUGCAUGAUCUCGAACGCGCGACUACAGGAGGUGGCAGACUACGGCCUGGGAGGAUGUGUGGUGAGCAGCGCUUACAACACCAUGACCGGCCACUACAGCUCGGCCGCUGGCGGCGGCGGCGGCUCCUCGUCAGCCGCGGGUUACAACAACGGCGGCGCUUGCAGCAUGGCUUCGCUGGCGGGGUCUUAUAACAUGAACCUGGGGGUCGGGACCAUGAACGGAAAUAACCUCAACGCGGCCGGGGGCGUGAUCCGGGUACCGGCUCACAGACCCCUCGCGGGAGCCGUCCACCAGCAGCUCUCCACGGCGGUGCCCACCGUCCCGUCCGUGAACAAUCUCACGGGGCUGACUUUUCCCUGGAUGGAGAGCAACAGGCGGUACACCAAGGACAGGUUCACAGGUCACCCCUACCAGAACCGGACGCCCCCCAAGAAGAAGAAACCCCGCACCUCCUUCACCCGCCUGCAGAUCUGCGAGCUGGAGAAGCGCUUCCACCGGCAGAAGUACCUGGCCUCUGCCGAGAGGGCGGCGUUAGCCAAGGCCCUGAAAAUGACCGACGCCCAAGUCAAGACCUGGUUCCAGAACAGGAGGACAAAGUGGAGGCGACAAACUGCAGAGGAGAGGGAAGCAGAGAGGCAGCAAGCCAAUCGCAUCCUCAUGCAGCUCCAGCAAGAGGCCUUUCAGAAAACCAUCAACCAGCCCCUCCAAGCAGACCCCAUCUGUGUUCACAACUCCUCUCUCUUUGCCCUCCAGAAUCUCCAGCCAUGGUCAGACGACUCUUCAAAGAUUACCAGCGUUACUUCUGUAGCCUCUGCCUGUGAGUGAAGCCUUGACUUUGCCUAUGCAUGGACUGUUGUGUUCCAAAUGGCUGGUCCUAUCCACCACUACUUGGAGAAGAUCUAUUACUCAGAGAUGGAAUGAUGAACCAGCAACCAGACCAUGCCCUAUGCAAGUAAAUACUCUCUUACUGGGCAAAAUGUCCACAUGUGGGCAGUAUUUUAAUAAAGGGCAUCACUUGUUCUUCUUUAAGAUUGUGAGGCCAGAUCAUGAAAAUUUGUGCAGGAUCAUUUAAAGACUUUUUUGGGGAGAAAACAACUUGACGUUAUUCUUUUUUUUAGACAUUUCCAAGAGAAACCACUCAUAUAAUUUCACUUUUGCUGGCAAUACAAGAUUUAUUCUCUCA